AUGAGUUAUGGUUCCUUUGAAGGAGGAAGCGGGUUCUUGGGACAACAUGUUGUCUCAGAGCUACUGACGGAGGCGCAGAAGAUGAGUGCAGCUGUAGACGUCUCCCAAGAAGUUGCGGCCGCCGAUACGGAAACGGAGACAAAAAUAGAAACUGAAAUGAAGACGGAAGCGAGGGUUGAGGAUAAAACGAAGGCCUCCCACCGCUGUUGCAUCAAGGAGAUCCGGGUCCUGGACGUGAAGCCUUACCAACCUUGCACAGUGUCACCGGCAGGAGAGCCAGCCAAGGUGUUGUACCAGAAGUGUGAUGUGCGGGACCUGUCUCAACUGACGGAGGCCCUGGCUGGGGUAGCUGCGGUCAUUAACUGCUCAGCAGUCACCCCAGACUUUACCAGAGAUGACAUGGGUUGUGACCACUAUAUGCAAGAAGUCAACGUCGAUGGAGUGAUGAAUGUGGUGAAGGCUUGCUGCCAGGCAGGGGUGUCUGUGUUAGUCCACACCAGUGAUGUCUCUGUCAAGAUGGGCGGUAUCAAGCUCCUGGAGCACACAGAGACACUCACACCCUCCACCCCAGAGAAGGAUCUUCUACUGGGAGACUAUGCCCGUAUGAGGCUCCGUGCUGAGGGGAUGGUCCUGGCCGCCCAUGGUACACCCACUAGCACAGGAGCAACACUGCAAACAAUGGUGCUAAGGCCACCAUUGAUCUAUGGUGAGGGUGACACUACUUUUGUGCCACUGUUGUUGUCACUGGCCAGGGCUGGUGGCAGCAGGAUUCCCUCUGUGGGUAACCCAGAAGCCUUCCUCCAGGCUGCCUAUGUGGGUAACGUGGCUGUGGCUCAUGUGUGUGCUCUGCUACACUUGGUCUCUGGAGAUAAUGAGGGCAUGAGACGAUGUGGUGGGCUACCUGUAUAUGUGUCAGAUGAUACCCCACCAAACAACCUACAAGGGCUGGCUGAACCUUUUCUCCUACCCUUAGGUCUUCUUCCUUCAAAGAAUCUCUCUUACUGGAUAGUCUCUUUCAUGAUAAUGCUUGCUAGCCUCUGGGCCUUCACCUGUUCUCUUUUAGGGCAUCAAGAGAAGAACAAACAAUCGUCUCUACCAUCAUUGUUUUUCCACCGCUUUGCUAGCACCAUUACUGUUGUGAAUCGCAUGCGAGCAGAGCUCUGUCUUGGAUACACUCCACCCUACAGUUGGGGGCAGUCACAAGAACGUUCAAACUCUUACUACGCUAAUUCUAGCUUGUUUGUGGAAAAACACUAAACCCGUGGGAGUCAUACAGCACCUGGGGAAUGGGAGAUAAUUAGAUUUGAUCUGAGGAAGGGAAAGAUAUCUCCAAUUCUGUAGAUCAAAGCUUCAUUUGGUACUUUCAACAGAACUCAUUGGAAUAAUGCUAGACACAAAAAUCUCAUGACAUUUCCUGUGUCUGGGAAAAUGUCCUUGUAUGCACAUCAAGUUUGUAAACACUCAGUGUGCAUAAAGAGACCCAAAAUCUGGAACUUCCUACCUGAAAACUCAAGAGCCUCUUAUCAACCGACAGCUUCAAAGCUACCUUUCUCUAAUAUAUUCUAGCAACAAUUAAAUGUUACACAAUUGUUUCAACCACAAACGUUAAAAAACUUUAUAUGUACGUGUAUUCUUAUUCACACUACUUGUAAUCAUAAUUCAAUUUUAAAGAAAUAGUUAUUUGCUUGCUUGUUCUAUUUGUAAUGCCUAAAUUUGUGGUUUGUAUACCCAUCUCUAUAAACAUUGUAUCAUGUGGAAAGUGGAAAUAAGUCUUUGACACCAGCAUUAAGGCACCCUGACAGAAAGGUCUUACUAAAAAUCGUAGUUAAUUCUUAACUAGAUUUGAACUGUUGGUUAAUUUUGUGUUCACUGUACACAUGUUUUGCAUUUCAUGCUAAUGCCCAUGACACUGCCAUAUUCCUUGGUUAGCUGUAUAGCCCUUGUGGCUUAGUGCUUCUUUUUGAUUAUAAUAAUAAUAUUCCUUGGUUAGUGCUUAGUUUUGAUUGUAGUCGUAGUAGCACCCUGUUGCUACAAGAGUUUUAUUCAAUCAUUUCUCAUGGUUGGGACGAUCAUGGGUAGUGUGCCCGAGCAGUGUAACUGCUCUUGGGAUUUGUGGUUUACUGUAAUGCCACUAGGCCUAGUGCUGCUGCCUGGUGGGCUUAGUUCUAACCUAGACCUGAGUUCACCAGACCUUGUAUCUCUCUCACGCACCAGACAAUGAAUCACCAAGAACUACCUCCUCUCUCUCUCUCUCUCUCUUGUCAGGCUGGUAGACCUGGCUAGGCAAGCAUUACAACAUAGUGCCUGUACCAUUACCCGAUAAACCUAAGACUCGCCUCUGAAGAAGUAUUAUUACCCCACCAGGAAUACUGUUGAUAUAUCUGAUGACAGUUGUGUCCAGAAGUAAUACCAUUAUAUAUGGGCAAGGGUUUUUCUGCCAUUGACUGGUACUGGUGGAAGUACAGAUGCAGUAGCAUAAACUCAAGAUUUAUAAUAAAAACCUAGAGGUUAAUUUUUUUCAUUUAUUACACCUAGAUAUUUGCUAGGUUGUUUGAAUACAGUGGACCCCCGCUUAAUGAUCACCUCCCAAUGCGACCAAUUAUGUAAGUGUAUUUAUGUAAGUGCUUCUGUACAUGUAUGUUUGGGGGUCUGAAAUGGACUAAUCUACUUCACAAUAUUCCUUAUGGGAACAAAUUCGGUCAGUACUGGCACCUGAACAUACUUCUGGAAUGAAAAAAUAUCAUUAACUGGGGGUCCACUGUAUUAGUUAACCAUAUGACUACCAUUAAUUAAUUUUUGCUUCUCAAAUUUGUGAAUGACUGACACUAGGGGCUUGUUAAGCAACCCUAAGGACCAGCAAUAAGACAUUAUGUACUGUCCCUCCAUCCUAUAUUGGAAACAGGUGUUUAUCAGUACGAGUUUGUUCUUGUGGAAAACAAGUAUUACAUCACUUAGAGGGCUGGACUACCAAGUACUUAAUAUUGAGAGAGGGCACUAUACAGAGUAAAACAGUUGUAAGUAACAAUGUAGUUUGGAACAUUUGCAGGAGGGAUGAUUAUGAAAUGAAACUCUCGAUAUAUCAUUUAAGUAACAAAUUGGGUAAGUCCUAGUAACCAAACUAGUGACCUUGCAGCUGGGACACACUGGAUUGACCUACAGUAUUUUGCAAUUACAAUAUAGUUGAGGAAUUUGGCACAAUUAGCUAAUUAUGUGAAAACAACAUAUGCUUAUUUUCAAUGUCAUGAACACAUCCAAAACAAAACAGACUUACUCUCAUUAUCUGUAAUUCUUCCAAACAUUAAAUAAUUGUUAUUAAACCUGUAAUCCCUCUCAGCCAAAACAUGAUAAAGCCAUAUAGCAUAAAGUAAUAAGAUAUUCAGUUCUCUUCUGUUCAUUGUAAACUCGCUCAAAUGACUGUAAACAUAAAAUUCAUAUUAUUAUUGCAUUAUUUAGUCUUAAGUUAGUCCUAAGUUUGCCUGAAAUGCUCUGCUUAUAUAGGAGCUUUCGACAGUGUAGAAACAUUGUAGCAUGCCAAGAUAAAACCAUUCCCAUUAUUAAAUUAUACUAAUUGUAA